AAUAGGAGGCGGCGAUCGUCGUGUAUAUUGUGUUAUAUAUUGCUGUUCAUAGCACAGCAAUGGUGGUAACUGUGCCGGUGAGACAAUGCUCUACUCACACAAGUGGUGGCAAUCACUUAAUAGUGGGACAACAAUCCUGUUAAUGAUAGACCAGUUCAGCACACAUGUUGGCCGAGCCCUGUCCGCCGCCGCUCCCGACGUUGUCUGUAUUGAGAGAAAAGGUCCGACACAUCUUCUUCUCAAACAUGUUGUGUUGUGGACGUAAAAAGGGAUCACGAGAUGUGAGGGGACAGCAUAUAAUAGGUGAGGGCAGUGCCGGUGUAUACACGAAUUUGGCACACCAUCAUCACCAUCAACCAGCUGUAAAUGCCACACAUUUUAGGAAAGCCAUACAACCUACCAAUGUUUAUCACAGCCAACAGUUGCCAUUGAGAUCACGUAUGCCUGAAAUGGUAGUUCAAAGUGAUUUCCGCAAAGUUAGUGGCAUUACAUCCGAAGUGUUCCGACAAAUAGAGGCCGUCGAGAAUGACUUCGACUCGACGACCGCCGCAUACUUCGAAUCAGUCGAGAAAAGAGGAGAAAUGGUUAUCCGUCUCCUUAAUCCUCAUUCACUGGGAAGGGCUGGCAUUGAUGCUCAUCGUCGGUAUGCAAAUACUUCAGGCGGAAACACACAGUUUGUUGAGAUCAUUAAAAGGCCGGGACAGACAUUAGGACUAUAUAUACGUGAAGGCGAUGGAUAUCGAUGUAGUGAUGGUGUCUUUAUAUCCCGUAUUGCAUUAGAAAGUGCUAUAUAUAACAGUGGUUUACUUAAAGUGGGUGACGAGGUAUUAGCAGUUAAUUUAGUGGAUGUGCGUCGCAUGUCUUUAGACGAUGUAGUCAUCAUUAUGUCGAUUCCCAGAAGACUUGUGUUAACCAUCCGUUCCCACAUAUAUUCGGGAAGUCAAUCGGCAAUAAUGGCCAGAAAAUCAUUAAGUAAUGAUUACCGAAACCCUCCGAUAGUUGUGGUCAAGACUGAGGUAGAAGAUGAAACAUUUGAUGACAGCAUUCAUCGCGACACAGAAAACGGUCACUUAAUGCAGGCCAGACUUAAAGGAUUGCCCGAUAAUAUUCCAGCCACGGCUGUGCCUUUAGAUGGCCACCAAUAUAGAGCAUUACCUCCUCGUCCCGGUAUAGAUGAUCAGGUGCUUCAUUAUAAUCAACAACCGUUACAAUUAAGAACAUCUAUGUCUGGCAUAUAUGAAAAUCCGGUGCAAAUGAGAGAAGACGCGUGGAAUGAACAGCAAAGGACAGGUAUGUCUCGACAUUACGGCAGUAUUGUUACACAACAACCAAAUUUGUUGCGUCGACAUUAUCCACGAACUGCUGAUAAUCUCUGGGAAUGUGUCUAUUCAUCGGGAUAUACAUCAGAUGUGCCGCUAACAUCUUCAUCACGCCGUAGUGGAUCAUUAGGUGUAACCCGUGCUGCCAUUCAUAGACCUCCAUCUAAUGCUCCUCAGCGGUAUUGGGAGGACUAUGCUAUGGCCGGUAGUAUUGCUAGUAGUGAUCCAUUAAGAAGACGAAGACUGUUAAGGACAGAGAGUGAUCACGCAAUACCCCCGACAAUGUCUGAUGACUUUCUCGACAGAUAUCUUCGACCAUCGAGCAGAUCAAGUGUGUCAGCCGGAUAUCCUUCAAAAGCUUCUAUGCAAGACUUGAAGUUCAGACGAUUAGACGAACUAAGAAAUCAAUUGACAGCAAAUCAGGCCAUUAAUAAUAUGUUAAGACGUAGGGCUUAUUAUGAUGGAAGUGCUUCAGACACUGAGGCCAGUUCUGGACCCUCUCAGUACUUACUAAGACAACGAAGCUUAGGGUCAUAUUCUCGAAUGACUAGAGGAGGGGGCGGUUCGAGGGAUUCAUUUCAACUGAGAAGUAGUUCACUUCCACGCACUCGACCCAUACAUAGUGACUAUCAAUAUUUACGACCACAAACAAGACGCCCUCCCAAACAAACUGUUCGCUUUGAAAGACCUCCUAUUGGUUAUGAUGAGGAUAGUGAUGGUGCUGUGUCUGCACCAGAAUUGCCGGCCAAUCGAUCGCGAAGAUACGGUCGGCGCACGGUUUCACCAAAUAAUUACUCGUCAAAUGACUACCAGAGAUGGAUGGUUAGGGCGCCGUCCACUUCAGCUAUUUAUGAAUGUGUGCGCAAAGGAAAGCAAAUCCCUUUGAGCUCCGAUUCAAUCACCAAAAUCGCUGUUUCGGCGGAAAGUCUUCUCGACACAAUACGAUCGGAACAGAAGCGAACACUUUUGGCUGAUUUAUAUGCAAGUCGUGCAGCAAUUCUCGGAAAGACAUCACAACUGCUUCCCAUUAAACGCGAUGAGUCUAACCGAUCGCUUACCAAAACUCCGAUACUAUCACAUAAUAUAGGAGUGGACUACUUGAGAGCAUCUAUACCUAAUCCGACACCAGUGAAACCCAGUGAUGACAGUCGACUUAAUUUGGUGACAUUAAAUCCGCGCGAAUUCUUUAAGUAUAGACCUGAGAAGCCGGACCGUGGACUUCAAAGUAGUGAUGGUUUUAGUGGACUAUUAAAUGUGCAUUUAUUGGCAGGACGUGGCCUACGGGCCAGUACUGGACAUGUGAGUGAACACUAUAGGGACGUGUAUUGUGUCAUUGAAUGCGAUCGCAUACAUAAAGCUCGGACUGUUGUCCGAAGCGGUGAACAGAGCUUUGAUUGGGACGAAGUGUUUGAUUUAGAUUUAUUUGACACAAAAGAAAUUGCAUUUUUAUUAUACACUUGGGAUCCACAGUUCAGACAUAAACUCUGUUAUAAAGGAAUACUAUAUUUGUCUUCAUUAUCAUUGAAUGAAACUCCAGCCCAUAGUUUGGCUUUAAAGUUGGAGCCCAGAGGGACACUGUAUGUCAAACUUAGAUAUAAAGAUCUUCAGUCAACAUUCCAAAGAACAGUUAUCAGUCCCAUCGGUCAGACAGCGAAUGCCGUCUUUGGUGUUGAUCUCGAAACUGUUGUCAAUCGUGAAAAUUCUGGACUCAAUGUACCGAUAAUUAUUAAACGAUGUGUCGAUGAAAUUGAAAAAAGAGGAAAAGAUUUGCCGGGAAUUUAUAGGUUAUGCGGGUCUUCGGUUCGCAAGAAAAUGCUUAGAGACAACUUCGAGAGGAAUGCGUGGCUCACGGAUCUCAGUCCCGAACAUAUGCCCGACAUUAAUGUCAUCGCAAGCUUACUUAAGGACUAUAUCCGUGAACUACCGGAGCCAUUAUUUACUAAAGCACUGUUUGAUAUGAUGGACGAUGGCGUGAGUGUAUGUCUGGCCGAUGACCCGACCGGUAACGUGAAACUCAUGUUUUCAAUCCUUGAAUGUCUGCCAAAGAUCAAUAGGUGUACGGUCUUGUAUUUGAUGGAUCACUUGAAGAAGAUUAUGAGUCAUUCAGAUAGGAAUAAGAUGUCAUCUCAAGCCAUUGCCAUCUGUUUUGGACCACUUUUUACGUGUCAUUCAGAAAGUGAAAACCUUCACAAACCGAUUGAAAUUUUCAAGUUUUUGCUCGUUAUUUGGCCUAAAAGGAGAACUUCAAAAAGUGGAAGCAGUGAUAUAACAUCUGUGAGUAAAGGAUCUGUGGUUUCAAAUCAAGAUUCUUCACUAUCAUUAAUGCCAUCGCAUACUAUCUCAUUAUUAAGUCAAUCCAAUACCAUUGCUACGACCGCAACAACUAUUACAUCGUCAUCGAUGGUCAUAAGCAGUCAUUUGCCACCCGUAAGCAUCCCAUCGACUUCUGCAAAUAUGUUACCGCCGACAUCAGCUCUCACACCCGGGCCCUCACCAACAGCCUUAACAAUAGAAGAAACGCCUACAACGGGUGCUAUUAUAGCAUCGACAACAUCAUCGGUAACAACAACACCAUUUGCAGCCACAACGACAACAACAACAAAAUUAAGUUCUGCGACGGGUUUAAGCAAUGAACCUGAUUUUGGACAUCAGGUAAGCGCUAGUUCUAUGAUGACCACGAUAUCCAAAAAGAGUGUGGCAUUUGCUCAACCAAAUGAUCAUAAGAAUAAUAAUAAUAAUGGAACCGGUAGUGGAAGUGGUUAUGUUAGCGGUACUGGUUCUGGUCAGUGUCGGGCACUUCCCUUUCCACCAUCUAAUUGCUAGCAUUGACGAUUGAUCCACAAUAUUGUCUAUUUAGUGAUUGUUAUUUGUUAUAAUUGUUGUGACCAACUAAUACACCAAUGAAAUCUCACUCUAGAAGUCUAUCAAAAAUAAAACAUUGUGUAAACUCUCUAUUGUUUUUAAUUUGUGAUAAAACACGUAAAAC